AUGAUUCAUGCUCACUUGUCUCGUGCAACAGUUAUAUCUCUUAUUUUAUAUCUGAUUAUUCACCAAAAAAUGUGGUACCGAAAGCUAUUUUGGCGCGAAAAGGCCAGCCAGCGAGGCGAGAAUAAUGGAGCUUCACCAUCGACUCACCCUGAUUUCCCUUGUCAUCCUCUUUACCGGGAAGGGAUUCGAGCAGCGAGUACCCAAACCAGCCCCAAGCUGCCUGAGGCACAAACUCCUACUCCAUCAACCCCUUUCAGAUACCACCCUUACCAUCCCCAACCACCAAAUGCAUAUUACCAGCCUGUAGAGGUUUACAGAACGCUCAUGCUACCUGACGAAAUACUGGAAACGCAUGCCGGCCAGGCUCAUGGCUCCAGAACCGAUCGUUCGGCUGCAAAGGGUCCCCAGGACGAACUCUCUGCUACACCACACAACCGCCCAGAUGCUGCUGAAGCUGCUCCUCACCCAGUUCCUAUCACGCAUCCAGCUCAACUCCCGAUUCAUAGCCCACAGCCGCGUCGUAUGGGGCUGCCUGUGAGCCCCAAGCUCCAGUAA